AUGCCUGGCCUGCCGCCCGGGUACCUGAAUCGACUGGAGCAACGACUGGCAGAAACCGAAUCAGCCCUAUAUGGGGCGCUCAUCACCCUUCGUUCGAUGGGCCCAACCCGAGUGGCCCACGCCUCCACACGGCCAGAUGCGGUGCCCAAGCAGAAGGCUGCACGCAUGGAAGAAUGGUCCCAGCUCCCUCUGCAAGUCUCAUCGGGCAUGGAUCGUUGGCUGGCGGUCAUGUCCAACCAGUUCACCAUCGAGCCUUCCUUGGAUAUGCCACCUCAUGGGGUCUCUGGAAGCGAUUAUUCGAUGCCCAAGCCUUUGGGUCACAGUAAUACUCCUGGAGAUGCUCGGGGACCACCAGCCCCCUCUGUUUGGACAGCAAGGGAAGGAAACAGUGCAGAAAGUCCAUAUGAAGCACACCGGUAUGCUCAGACGAUAGUUCCUUCACCUCUGUACUCGGACACACAAGCUCUCGUCGGAUCCAAUGGUGUGGCCUCGCCAUCGAUUGGUUCAGGCAUGUCCGAGCAUGGAGUUCCUGAAGAAGGAACAGUGGAGAUUCACCAGUCCACCAAGGCCGAGCAAUUAACCAACAACCACCCCAGUAUCUACUUUUAA